AUGGACCGAGUCCGACUGAAGGAGAUGGGUGUUACUCACAUCCUGAACACUGCGGCUGUAAAGAUGAGCCUGAAGGUGCUGUUAGGAAUGCCAAGCAAGGAAGAUCUGCUAGGAAAGGUCAAUACUGGGGCCAAAUAUUACAAAGGCAUGAACAUCACUUACUACGGUGUGCCAGUAAUGGACGACCACUUGUUUGACAUUAGCAAGUACUUCUUGCCAGCUGCCAAAUUCAUCCACAAGGCCCUCAGUAACCCAGAGAUUCAGCAGAGAAGAUCAGAAGCAGAGCCCAGCUAUGUGUCUAUGAAGAGUGACGCGUCUAUGGUUCAGCCAGUAAAGUUUAAGAGUGGAGAUACACGGCCUGGUCUCAGUUCAGUUCAUCAGAAGAGAUCAGAUGCAGAGCCCAGUCAUGUGUCUAUGAAGAGUGACGCGUCUAUGGUUCAGCCAGUAAAGUUUAAGAGUGGAGAUACACGGCCUGGUCUCAGUUCAGUUCAUCAGAAGAGAUCAGAAGCAGAGCCCAGCCAUGUGUCUAUGAAGAGUGACACGUCUAUGGUUCAGCCAGUAAAGUUUAAGAGUGGAGAUACACGUUCUGGUCUCAGGUACAACUGA